GGCGGAAGUCGUGGUCAUGGGUGAAAGUUGAUUGGAGCGCGUUGCGUUGUCUUUGUACGCUCAGAGUGGAGUCUCAUCACGCAAUUGUGUGUCUUCCCUCUUCCCCGAAUCCUCUCUAAAUUCCCUCCCGAACCUUUCCCCCUUUUUACCCUAUAAACCCUACCCCUCCCCUGAACUCAUCUCCAGGGUUGGAACAGGUUCAAUAGUGGUGACCAAAGAGCAUACAGUGAACCAGGUAUAUCUCCAAAGCACAGGGAUGGACUCCAGCGUGAUUGAAGGUGGACUCAAUGUCACUCUCACCAUCAGGCUGCUUAUGCAUGGUAAAGAGGUUGGCAGCAUCAUUGGAAAGAAAGGUGAAUCGGUGAAGAAGAUGCGAGAAGAGAGUGGAGCUCGCAUCAACAUCUCGGAAGGGAACUGCCCAGAGCGCAUCAUCACCCUGGCAGGACCCACCACUGCCAUUUUUAAAGCCUUCUCCAUGAUCAUUGAUAAACUCGAAGAGGACAUUAGCAGCUCAAUGUCUAAUAGUACAGCCACCUCAAAGCCUCCCGUCACACUGCGCAUUGUAGUGCCGGCUAGCCAGUGUGGGUCUCUUAUCGGUAAAGGUGGCUGCAAGAUCAAAGAGAUUCGAGAGUCAACGGGAGCUCAGGUACAGGUGGCAGGAGACAUGCUACCUAACUCUACUGAAAGAGCCAUUACCAUUGCUGGGACACCGCUUUCCAUCAUUGAGUGUGUCAAACAGAUCUGUGUUGUCAUGCUGGAGUCUCCUCCCAAAGGUGUCACCAUCCCUUAUCGACCCAAACCCUCAGGUUCGCCUGUUAUCUUUGCUGGAGGACAGGUUAGUGUUGCUGUUGUGCAGAAAUUAUGCAAUAUUUUUUAUAUUAGUUAUAAUCUACAGAACAAAAUUUUCUUUUUUUUUUCCUUUUCUUUUAAGGCAUAUGCGGUGCAGGGACAGCAUGCCAUUCCCCAACCUGAUCUCACAAAACUUCACCAAUUGGCGAUGCAGCAAAGUCCGUUUCCUUUGGCUCCAAGUAGCCAGGGAUUCACUGCUGGCAUGGAUGCCACCACACAAACCGGCUCUCAUGAACUAACCAUUCCAAAUGACUUGAUUGGCUGCAUCAUUGGCCGUCAAGGUGCCAAGAUAAAUGAGAUUCGCCAGAUGUCAGGAGCUCAGAUUAAGAUCGCCAAUCCUGUUGAAGGCUCCAAUGACCGCCAAGUCACCAUCACUGGCUCCCCAGCCAGCAUCAGCUUGGCUGAAUACCUCAUCAAUGCUAGACUUUCUUCUGAGGCAACAGGACUGGCCACAAACUGAGCUUCUCGUACGCUGCCAUAUCUCCAUUAGCCAGUUACCCCCACCCCCGCUACCUAUACAUACAUAAUUACACACACACGUACACGCACACAAACACGUGUGCGCACUCACUUUCUGCAAAAACAAACAAAAAAAAGCAACCAAGUAUUCUCAACCCAGCUUUUGUCCUCACCCAUGCAGGCUGUGCUUCAUAAAUAUAUUUUCUGGAAGUUAAUAUGCAUAGGUAUUUUAUUUAUUUAUUUCAUGGACAUGUUUUUAAAAAUCCCUUUUGCGUAUAGUUUUUAACAUUUUGGUUUUCAACAUAUCCUGUUGUACACAAUAUGAUUUAAAAAGUACUUCUGAUAAUCUGAUAAGACAACUUUUUUUUAAAGAUAAGAUUUUUGUAAGAGAUUUUUCUUACAAAACCUAUGGGGGAGCUAAUAACACAAACUUAGUUCACAGCUUUUUUUCAGUGUACCAUACAAAUUUGUCUAUUUAUUUUAAUUUAUAUCCAGGGAACGGUCUCUUUCCGAGUUUCAGAUGUGUUUAUGUAGACAUGCUCCAUUACGCGUUUCCUGGUUCUUUUGUCUUUUUGUUCCCCCCCCCCCCCCUGUUACGUACCCUGUCACCCAAUUUGUGAAGUAUUUCAGUCAGAUUGAAGGCUGCAGUGUAUUUGUAUGAUUUCUGGUCAAAUGUCAUAUCUUGUCAUUCCUGUUUACUAUUUUCCCCCCUGAAGCCGAAGGCCAUUUUGAUAGCGGGAUGGGCAAGAGCGUAUCAGACGUUUCUGAAAAAAAAAAGAAAAAAUUGAUAAAUAUUACUGAUGUGAUAAGUUGAUUAAUAUUUCUUUUAAAACAGAGAGAAUAUUUUUUUUAACCUAUUGGGGUGGGGAGCCUGCAAAGGAUUCCAAACUGACUCAUUGUUUAUAUGGUGUGACUGAUUAAUCAACUAGAAGGAUCAUUCUAGAAGUAACACUAGUUUCCUCUUUUCUCAGUUUGCUUGGUUAAAAUUUUUAUUUUGUAAAGGAGAACCUAAAACCUUUUUUUGUGCACGUUUUCAGAAUAUUCUAGAUUUGAAGUGCAACAGGAAUGAAAAAAAAAACAACUAUAAAAUGCAAAUUAAAAUGAUGUGAAAUGCUGAAACUAUUAAAGGAAUGUGGGUUUUUGUCCA